UCGAACACACGGAUGGGGCCGUCAUCCUGCCACCCCUGACACACGGACCGGAACCCUGGGAGGACAGCAAGGCUUCGGGAAGGACAUGGCACUGACGGUGACACCGGGCACGUCCCCAGAGGGGCCUCGUCCCUCCUACAUGUACAAGGUGGUCCUGCUGGGCAGCAUGUCCGUGGGGAAGUCCAGCCUGGCCUACAGAUACGUGAAAAAUGACUUCAGGGAGCUGCUGCCAACCGUGGGAUGCUCCUUCUUCACACAGACACUCAACCUGGACGAGGCCACUGUCAAGUUUGAGAUCUGGGACACGGCAGGCCAGGAGAAGUACCAGAGUGUCUGUCACCUGUACUACCGGGAUGCCCAUGCUGCCCUCCUCAUUUACGACAUUGCUAAGAAGCAAACAUUCAGCAGAGCAAAGGUGUGGCUGGAGGAGCUGGAGAAGAAAUUCCUUCCCGAUGAAAUUGUGAUUGCUUUGGUGGGCAACAAGACAGACCUUGCUGCUGAGCGAGAGGUCACCACUGAGGAGGGGGAAGAGUUUGCACGAACAAAAGGCCUCCUGUUCAUGGAGACAUCUGCAAAAUCCAACCAUCAAGUGAAUGAUAUCUUCAUGUGCGUAGUCCAAGAGCUCCUGAGGAGGGAAAAAGAGAAGGCAUCCAAGCCAUCCCCACAUGGCAGGUCGACCGUCGACCUGAGGGCGAGCGGGGCAAGGACGAGGUGCUGCCGGAGCUGAGGAUGGGACACUCCACACUCAGCAGGGCUGGGCUCGGCCUCCACGAGGGGCAGUGACAAAGCACGGGAGGACUCAGAACUGCAGGGACAGCUCAGCCUGACCACCCUCCCUCUCAAAGCCAGUUCAGAGCCCAUCCUGGUGCAUGGGGCCUCUUCAACCCUUUAGCACCAUCUUCAGCCAGGAGAUGAAGCACAGGGGUUUCUUCUCCCCAGCUCCCGGUUUCCAGAGAAGAGCACGAGCUGCCAGUAACACUGCCACCAACCCUGACUGGUGACAUUCCCCCCACCCCCAGCCGUCACCUCCUCCCUCUCCCUUUCCAUCUGAGAAGGGAGGGUUUGAUUUCCCAAGGCAGAGAUCCUGGUGGUUUUACAUCCAGGCUGCAAAUAAAGAGAAU